AUGUCCAAUGCUUCGGACACUAGUACCCAGUCUGUCGAGAAGAAGCAGGUCCUACUAGCUGCGGUCGAGUCAACGGUCACGUCGACCGCGUUGCCGUUCAUCGCGGAUGAGUUGUAUGCAGGCAAGAACUACGUCUGGUUUGUCAACUCCUUCUUCUUGACGAGUGCUUGCUUUCAGCCCCUUUUCGGACAGACUGCGAAUUUCUUUGGUCGACGAUGGUUGAUGAUCGGCUCGGUGGCCUUGUUCGUCCUCGGCAGCGGCAUCAGCGGCGGCGCGAUCAAUUCUCCCAUAAUAAUUGCUGGGCGAUCAAUCCAAGGAAUUGGGGGUAGCGGUAUUAAUGUAAUGAUCGAUAUGAUCGUUAGCGAUAUACUUCUAUUACGCGAGCGAGGAAACUUCAUGGGUAUGAUCUUCGCUGUGUUCGCCGUCGGUACCUCCCUUAGUCUAUUUAUUGGGGGUGUUAUUGUACAGUAUAGUUCCUGGAGAUGGGUUUUCUAUCUUAACCUUCCUAUUAGCGGAACGGCGAUUAUCUGCCUGUUUUUCUUUCUCUAUGUCAACUACCAAAAAGAGCCAUGGCAAGAAAAAGUCAAGCGGAUCGACUAUAUUGGCAACGCACUUCUUAUGACUUCUAUCGUCUCUAUUCUCCUCGCUCUUAUCUGGGGCGGUACUACCUACGCCUGGUCAAACUGGCGGAUUAUCGUCUGUUUGGUUCUCGGUCUUAUUGGUGGCCUCCUUACUAAAUGGGGCCGCUAUAAGCCUAUCCAUAUCGUCGCUACGGCUGUGAUUCUCUUAGGAUUAGGUCUCUUUACUCUCUUCGAUACCGACUCUAGUCCAGCAGAUUACGGUGCUAUCUGGGGAAUUGCAAUUCCAGCUGCUAUUUUCAACACCGAGUUCGCGCGCUUGUCGGGCCGUAUUUCAGACCCCGCUGUUUCGGCGCAACUUGCGGGUGGAGAAGCUUACUCUCACGUCUCUUCAACUUUUAUUAAGUCACUUGCUCCUCAAGUUCAACGAGAGGUAGUCAGUGUGUACACUGAUACCCUGAAGCUGGUUUGGUAUGUCUCGCUAGCUUUUGCUGCUCUGGGAUUCAUCAUUACCUUCUUUGAGAAGGAGAUGACACUACGGACCGAAUUGGAGACGGAGUAUGGAAUCAAGGAUGAGAAGGAAGGCAAGGAAAAGGAAACCGCCGCUGAGGUAUAG